UUAUCUCCAGACAUCAAUGGCUUUUUAUAAAGUCUCUGAAAGCUUUGCUAUUGAUUGAGCGAAGGACACGAUUAUGACAGAAGGAUGCUGUGCACUGUGCUUGUUUGUUCCUCCCCGGGAACAUUGAAGAUUGCUUUGCUAUUUUGUUCAAACUGCAUUUGGCCAGUCCUGACACUUAAACCAAGCUGUGUACAUCGACGAAGCUGCGCCUUGACAUAUUGUGAAUGAACUCAUAACAAACAGCUAACUGCUUUUAGGUCGGACGUUGGCGGUGCCAGUUCUGACAAUUAUACACUUGUGCGAUGUUGUGUUGGCAAAAUUGCUUGGGAGUCUGUGGUGAUGCCAUUCCUUCUUUCAAAGGACCUGUGGAUUCAAAGAUCCCCACAUGAAAUCACCAUCAUCCACUCCAAAGGCUGAGCCAAACAUCUGCUUCAAUUCCAGAGGCUGCUGGAGGAGAUCCCUCAGGCUGGACUCGCCAACGGCCCUAAGAAAUGCCACUUCGGACUGCUUGAAGAGUGUUACCUAGACUUCUAGAUCAACUGGGGACUGAUAAAACCUUCAAAAGCAGAUAGAAGCUGAGCAGUUUUAUACUUCCUGGUCUGUCGUGUUCCUGUUGGAAAUUAAGUGACUUGAGCUGUCUCUGCGAUCAGCAGUUAUUUGGUGAAACUCAAGAUUCAUAUCAGAACACAUUAGGCAAAAGAUGAAGAACCACUUCAAUGUUAGUGCCCUCAGCAGCUUGAGUGCCCCAGCGAUUGUGGGAAACGCUUGCGGAAUCGACUUCAGUCAAGACGGCAUCUUCCUUCCCGUCUUGUACGGAAUCUUCUUCAUCAUCGGCACCCCUUUAAACCUGUUGGCACUCUUUGGGCUCUACAGACUCAUCCAGUCAGAGAACGUCCUACCAGUGUAUGUCAUCAACCUUCUGAUCGCAGAUCUAAUUCAACUUCUGACUUUGCCUUUGUGGAUAGACUACUAUGCAAACGGACACUACUGGCGCUUCGGAUCCCAGAGCUGUCAGUUCAUGGGUUUGUUUUUUUACAUUAGCAUUUACACGGGCAUCUUCUUCAUGUGUAUCAUCGCUCUAGAACGUCACCUGGCCAUCGCCAGACCUCUCAGUUUUAAGCAUCUCCGUAACUUGAAGUUUGCUCGCUGGAUAGCACUCGGCAUUUGGAUUCUAAUUGCGGUGCCACCUGCCAUUGCAUUCAACAAGCUCUUUCCCAAGCAGGAAAAUUACACUCUUUGUAUCGAGAAGUAUCCCUCGGAGGGCAGUUUUAUCACCUACAGGCUGAUUACUCUGCUUGUGUCCUUCAUCAUACCCCUGAGCUUCAUUGUUGGUCUCCACAGAGAGACCGUCCGCUCGCUGAUGGCAAUCAACUCGCUUUUAUCUGAGGAGAAGAGGAGAAUCAGGGGUCUGCUCACCCUUCUGGUGGCCGUAUUUGUCACGGUGCUGGGGCCCUAUCAUUUUAUCGGCUGUGUGAAGUACGUGGGACUGCUGAUACACAGCAGUCCGUGCGUUUGGGAGAAGGCUGUGUUUGUGCCCUAUCAGUUAGGACGAGGCUUUCUGAGCCUUAACAGCUUGCUGGAUCCUGUGUUUUACAUCUUUCUCCGCAGAGACUUCCGUGCCGCCACCGAGAAGUACUUGCCCUGCCUGAGGAGAGUGAGGAACAGAUCGUAUCGGACAGAGAAAGCGACAAGCUCCACUCUUGACUGUGAUUGAAGAUUUUCCCCCUGGUUAUGUAUUUGAAAUACACUUUGGACAAAAAACUAAGAAACUAUGCCAAACUAAUACAAAAGGCUUAAUUAGAUUUAUGGUGGUGCCAUCAUCUAAGACAGAUGUUUUCGCAUUAUUGUUCAUUAUUGACAUUUGGCAUUGCUGCACUUUUAGUUUAGCCUUCCUGGCUCCUGACUUUUUUGUUUGUCUGUUGAUCAUUUCCAUGUCUGCACUGCUGGACCGAUUUUUAUUUUAUUUUAAUUUAUCUUACACUGUAAAAAAAAAAAAACAACCCUAAUUUUACAGAAAAUAACCCUAAAUUUUUUACAGUAGUUUUCUGUUAUUUCAAAUUACAUUCAAAAUUUUGUAUAAUUACAAACAAUAUCUGUAAAUUAACAACUUGACUGUUAUUUCAGGUAUUAUAUCAUUAAAGACAAAUUACAGUAUUUUUUCUUUUUUUAUACAGGAAAAUUACUGUAUUUUUUUGUGUUAUUUUAAAUUAUGUACAAAUUUACGUAAAAUUACACAAAUAAUCUGUAAUUAAAAAAAGGUUUAUGUCCAUUCUAUCAAUUUAAUGUUCUUUUUUGUAAUUUUAAAGUAAAUCUUAUUGGUUCUAUAUUUAGGUGUAUUUUUACAUUCAAACUCUGUAAUUUUAUAUAGAAUAUAAAAUCAGCCUUAAAAUCUACAAAUCAUGUAACCGUGCAAUAAAAAAAUGUAUUGCAUUAAAAAUGUUUUAUUUUUAUAAAGAAAAAAAAUCAGUGAGUGUAUAAAGUACAGUCUAACGUUAUAAGAGAAAUGUAACAGACAGAUCCGUGUAAUCACAAGAAUUUAUUGCAGAAAUGUCAAAAAGCAGUACCACAGUAGUCCAAAUGACGAUGCGUUGCAGUUGCGGUCCUCUCUGACGGAAUAUAAUAGUUUAGUGCGAGGAGCAGGGCAUAAUUUAAGUUGUUAAACGCUGAAAAUACUCUCCCGAUCAACUCGGAAACACGGCAUGUCGCAAUCUGUGACGAAACCGGCGAUAGCCAAUGAACGUUUGAUAUCGCUGCUGUAAAGAAAGUUUGUAAACGCUUUAAUCUUUCUAUAUAAAUCUGUAUAUACAGCCCCUCUAGUGUGUAAUUGUUAUAUCAUGUAUAAUGUUUGUUAUAUACAUGUAAUUUGUUUUUGUUAAUAAAAACACACAAGUACGAGAUGAAAAAAAAAAAAAAAAGAUAUCGCUGCCGUAAAACUUCUUGUAAAACUUAUUAACGGCAAAUUUUGAAUCUGUUACUAUAGCUACAGAGGAAGGAGAUAUAUAUCACUUACGUAUGGUUUGAAUUUGUAUCUGUUCCUCACACAAAGCAUCACAUGGAUACCGAAGAUUUGAAUAAAAAUAAAAUACUUUUAUGAUCAUUUUAUUUAAUGCUAGUGAAUGACAGCAUAUUAAUAAAUGUAUGUGCCCCAUGUUAAAACCAAAUUAAUAUUGCAUGAUAAGUUAAAUGUCCUCUCUCUCUCUCUCUCUCUCUCUAUAUAUAUAUGUGUGUGUGUGUGUGUGUGUGUGUAAAGAUUCUAAAAUUAGAUAUUUGUAUUGAGAAUAACAUAUAACAUAAAAUAUAAUUUAA